GCAUAUUUGAAAUUUAAAUAAAAUUUUGGAUUACUGGAUACACAAAUAAAAAUCGUUGGAUUUAUUCAAUGCAUUGACAACUUCAAAUUAAUUAUUGUUAUUUUCAUAAAUGCUGGGUUGUCGUACUUACAGAUCUUCUAAAAUACUCUUUGUUAUUCACAUACAAGUGUUCGGACAUGAGCACGCUUGUUUAUUAUUUUUAAACAACAUUAGCGACAGAAUCAGAAACAAAACUUUAGUUUCAAUUGAAUCUGUAUCGUCGCAACAUCGUGUACCAUAUACCUCUAUAAGGUACCGAUUUCUCAGUCAGUCUCACCUCAGAUACCUGACAGCAGCAGAGAGUAAAGGAACUAGUGCUUAAUACAAUUUUACUUUCCAUUAAAAACAUAAUGGAAAUAGUGUUUGAGAUAGGAGUAGUCUACGCUGUAUCCAUGGUUCAAUUAAUAAUUACACACGCUUUCAGAACCGCACUCACGCACGGACUCACGCAUGAACAUGUUUGCACAUUUAAGGCCGCUGCUAAGGGGAACCUAGAGGAGUUUCGUCGUCUCUACGAGAACGACCCCUCGCGGCUGAGCGUCCGAGAUGGCAAGGGUCUGUGCCCCAUACACAAGGCGGCGGAGUUCGGACGCCUCAAUAUCCUGCAGUUCAUUGUGGAUCAGGCCGGAGAUCUGAACAUGCCGGACAAGCGGCAUAACGCGCCUCUUCACGUGGCGGUACGCACAGAGCAGGUCGGCUCCAUCCAGUUCCUGCUGGAUCAUGGGGCCAACCCAACCGUCGUCAACGACGACCAAAUGGCUCCACUUCACCUCGCUGUCGACAUCAACGCAAAAAAAGCUCUCAAAGCGCUGCUGGCACAUGACAAGGUGGACCCCAACUUGAAGGGAGAGAAGGGGUCGAACGCGCUACAUUACUGCGCGUAUAAGGACAGGGCCAAGUGCGCCAAGAUCCUCUUGGAGAAUGGCGCGAAACCCAGCCAGAAGUGCGACAACGGUUUCUUCCCCAUCAACAUCGCGGGCAAGUGCGCAGCCGCGAAAACUCUCGAGAUUCUCAUUCAGUACGCGGAUAAGGUGGGUUACAAGCGCGAGGACGUUCUGACCUUUAAAGACAAGGAAAACAACAUGCCGCUGCAUUGCGCCGUCCACAGCGGCGACCUUAAGGCGGUGCAGGUCUGUCUGUCGGCAGGAGCCCCGGUGGACGCGAAACAGGAGGAUAGCUCGACGCCGCUGCACUUCGCGGCUGCCCAGGGGAGGGUGGACAUGUUGCAGCUGAUGCACGAUGUGCAACCGGAGCGCUUCAAAACCGCCAUCCACAUCCAGGACGUGCUGCGAAUGACGCCGCUCCACCGCGCCGCGCUCUUCGACUACUUUGCAGUGGUGAAACUCCUCCUCGAGCACGGAUCAGACAUCGACGCGCGGGACACACACGAACGCACAGCUCUGAUCCUAGCCUCUACGAAGGGCGGAUGGCGGACGGUGCACCUGCUCCUCGAGUCAGGCGCCGACAUCAACCUCAAAGACAAAGAGAACCGAAACUUCCUGCAUCUCGCUGUUAAGAACGGGGCGCCUAUACAUAAUUAUGGAUGCGCAAUUAUUAAGGGUAUAAAGAAUCUACUAAACGAGAAGGACGACCUGGGCUGCACGCCGCUACACUACGCCUCGAAGGAGGGGCACCUGGUUGCCAUUGACGACCUGAUAUCGCUGGGAGCCGUCAUCAACGCCAAGGAUAACGAGAAGAAGUCACCUCUACACUUUGCCGCCAGGUACGGCCGCUACAACACGUGUCGGCGGCUCCUCGACUCCCCCAUGGGAUCCAACAUCAUCAACGAGACCGACGGUGACGGCUUGUCGGCGCUGCACUUCGCCGCACAGAACGGCCAUACCAAGAUUAUCACAUUGCUGAUGCAGAAAGGGGCCUAUGUGACCAGAGACAACAUGAACAACUUGCCGCUCCACCUGGCGGCCAUGAACGGCUACACGCGCUCUGUGAAUCUCCUACUUCACGUGUAUUCCAACUUACUAGACUGCGCAAAUAAAGAGGGGCAAACCGCCCUUCACAUGGCCGCGCGCUACAACCAUCCCGGGGUGGUUGGUCUUCUACUGACCUUGGGGGCGAACAUCCCGAGUAAGGACAUACACGGGGACACCUUCAUGGACAUCGCCCUGAGGGAGAGGCAAUCAGAGGUCGCAUUCGCAGUCAUCAGACAUGCGAGGUGGGAGGAGGCACUAAACAUGCGCAGCACGCGGUACGAGACAACCAUGACUGGCCUUGUCCAGUGUUUACCGGACGUCUGCAUGGCCGCGUUAGAUAGAUGCAGGGUGCAGUCAAAACACGAAAGGAAAAGUCGGGAUUACUUUGUGCGGUACAAUUUCAAAUACCUACAGUGUUCCCUGCGCUACCGGAAGGGCAAGGGUAUAGACGGUCAGGAACACACACCCAUGUUAGCCCUCAAUACGAUGGUGAAACAUGGACGAGUCCAAUGUUUGUCACAUCCGGUCAGCGAGGCGUACCUUAAAAUGAAAUGGCGGGCGUACGGCGCAUGGUUCCAUUUGACUAACCUUGUCAUCUACGUCAUAUACCUGGCAUUACUGACGGCGCUGGUGACAACGUGCACGUUCUCACUGGACCGUAACGUCAGCAGCAACGUCAACGUACGCGUCAGCGCUGACAACGUAACAUUUAACACGCCAGUCGCUUAUAGCAGUCGUAUUAACAUUAAGGAAUAUAUUUUCAAAUCGUGCGAAAUAACGGCUUUUCAGCGGAUCAGUGUUUACAUCGUGUCUAUCUUCUGCAUUCUUAAUAUCCUCAAAGAGAUCAUCCAGAUGAUUCAGCAGAAGAAGAAAUACUUUAAGGACAUGACGAACCUUCUGGAGUGGAUCUUGUACACCACGACUCUGGUCUACAUCGCACCGUUCGUCAUGAGUCACGCCAUGUACUGGCAGUGGCAGGCAGGCGCCAUAGCCGUGUUCCUCGCUUGGUUUAACUGUCUCCUCUUCUUGCGUAGGUUCGACUUUUUCGGCAUCUACGUGGUGAUGUUCCUGGAGAUUCUGCGAACGCUCCUCCAGGUGCUCUUCGUCUUCUCCAUCCUCCUGAUCGCAUUUGCGAUGGCCUUCUUCACCCUCCUCAACAUCGAGGAUAACCGCGCCUUUUCAUCGCCAAGCCAGUCCCUUCUAAAGACGGCCAUGAUGAUGUUGGAGCUAGACUUCAUGGCGUCAUUCAACGAUCCCUACACGGACGGUGACGUCAGAACGCUGUACUUCGGUGACGUAACAAUCCUGUUGUUGGUCGUUUUCGUCCUUCUUAUGCCUAUUCUUCUAAUGAACUUACUGAUAGGUUUGGCUGUGGGGGACAUUGCAUCUGUACAAAAGAAUGCUACAUUAAAACGUCUGGCAAUGCAGGUUGAGCUGCACACGAGUCUUGAGAGGAAGCUGCCGAUGCGACUACUAAAUAUGGUUGACAAGGCGGAGUACACGUACUACCCAAACAAGUGUUCCGGCAGAUUCGAGGGGCUGAUGUCCCGGAUGUUCACGUUGAGCGACUACAUGAACGAUGAAAACGUGGAUAAGAGCCUCAAUCAUCAGACACAUCUGUAUGAGGAGCUGUACAAACAGAAAAUGAGAAUGCGGGAAAUCUCGACGGCGCUUACAAAGCAGUACGACAUGAUGCGGCUAAUCGUUCAGAAGAUGGAAAUUCAGACAGAGGACGACAACCGAGAUGAAGGAGACAACUUUGAGAUGAACAACGCUUGCGAAAAGGUCUCAAAGUGGGCGCCUGCAAAGCACAACUUGCUACGACAGAAGGCGAUCGUCGCCCACUGGAAAGACAGCAUGACAGACGAGUAAAGCCGCGCCUUUAAGGCGAUGUUUCCUGGUUAAUCUUUGACAAUAUGACAGAGAGACCUCUUUACAUCUGAACAUGGAGCACCAAAAGCCCAUGACGCUUGUACACUAGUUUAAAGUGACCUGCCUGAUUUCUGUAUCAUAAUGAAUACGGUCGUUUUGCAAUUUAAGUACUCGGCACGUAUUAUGUAAGAGAAAUAUAGACCCUGAGACACGGGCAAAAAGCGUUGAGGCCCUCCGAAACACGUGUCUUCAGACAACGGUUCUAUAUGAUUGUAUUUAGAUAUUCAAAUAAACUGUGUACUUCAUCGGUAUUCAUUUGACCUAUGUAGCAAUUUAUGACUACAUGUAGAUAAUCUUUUUCAUUGUGGCGAAGGCUUAGCUUCUGACUUAUAUUUUUUUCUGGAUCCUACAUGUUAUAACAUGUAAUUUGUAAAAUGUGAUUGUAUGUGUUCGUGUGAUCAUAUUUGUAUUGCUAUGACGUUUUUAAACAAAAGUAUUGCAUUUCGUUCAUCUAUUCAAACCAUAAUCAUCAUAUCGCGUACGCAUACGUUAAACCAAAGCGUUAAAUCAAAGCGCUGAAAGCUCUGUAGUUGUUCGCUUUAGAGUAAUCAGAUGACACUGUAAUUGCACUUUGUUGUAAACACAACUUUGGUCUUCACAACCAAAAGUGUUUGCAUUAUGGUUAACAUUACAGUCCGGUGAAUUAUUACAUAUACAUUGUGAAAAGAAACGCCCCAUCAACGUCGUUGUCAUGAUUAAACAUCAUUAUCUAUUUCAAAACCUUCAUCGUCAAGAUAUUUAUCUGCAUCAUAUUCUAAUAUAAUCAUUUAGCGGAACCCAAAGAAAAAAUAUCUCCGUGUCAAUUUAAAACAGUUUUAAACGCCAUAUAUAUUAAUCAACUUCUUAAUAAAACGAUGCAUAAGUUUGCUUUUGCGCAGAGACAUUUAGGAAUGCAUACAUGUAGUUCCCUGGUUCGAUAAACUAUUUAUCAUCGAAAGAAUCGACUCAUCUUUAGUGUAUAAAAACAGUUGAUUGCUAGUGUUUACAUUCGGGAUUUUUCCAGCAUGCGCACUGAGUGGUCGGCAAAAGCACGUGUUACAAUAACGUAAAAAACAAAAAAAGGAUAACUUGAUUUAAAGGAGGAAACUUGCCCUACUAUAUAUGCAUAUGUAAACUAUCUUCAUAUUUAUUUCACUUGAGUGAAUUUGUUAAAGAUUUUAUUAAAAUAUGUCGUGUUCAGUUUAUCAUCAUUCCGUUGUUUAUUUUGUAUUAUCAUGUAAUGAUAUAUGUCUAUUAUACCAUUUUUGCAUUAACUUAUUUAACAGGAGACAAGUUUAUACUUCUGGAGUAAAUAAAACCCUUGCUAAAAUCCUGAAUGAGUAUUCUGUUAACACCUUAGCUACAAUUCAGGUUGAAAAUAAAAGACAUAACAGUUAA